AUUGGCAUGGUGUCCUGUUUGCAUCCCGGUUCCUUUCAGUUUUUUUGAACCAAUGACUGAUGAGGGGAAAAAAGAGCGAGAAGAGGAGGGAGGAGGGGAAGGACAGAGCUGAUCUAAGCCCAGGGGUUUAUGUUAGUGAGUGUGCAGUUGGUGUGGGGUUAGGUGUAAACUAGUUCAUUUACUUUCCUUUACCCAGGAAGGGAUUUACUUGAAAUUGAAAUAGCAUCAGGGUUGCAUCUGCCUUCUAUAAACCUGGAAGCCCAAUUUACAGAUAAGUUCGUCAAUUUGUUUUGUACUGUAUACAUCAGAUUAAGUGUAUCUUCUUGAAUCAUUUGAUUUCUGAAAAGAUUACUAUAGAAUUACUAUAAACUUAUACAUAUAUGAAGUGAGCUAAAACUAAGAAAAAAAUGGUUGAUUUGCUGCAUUUGAGGCCAUCUGAUUAACGGGUUAAAUUCAAUGGGGAAAUUGCUUUGCAGUAAAGGAAGUUUUGUGUCCUUUAUGUUAAGCUGUGCUGCUUCCUUUUCCUCUUUCACCCCUUAACUUGAGACUGAAGUGAGGCAUAUGAAACAAGGAAGCAACACCAAACGCUCCAAUAAACUGUUUUAUACACUUAAAUAUUAACAUUUUGGACUCCUCGGAACUGUUGAAGUUGCCUCGUGUGCUAGUGUAAAAAGACAUCCCCGCGGCACCAGUGUGAACCAUGAGGGCACAGAGUUUGCUGUUGGCACUACUGUGCCUGAUGGGAUGUGUGGGAUACUGUGGAACCUUGUCAACCUGCAAACCCCUGAACCUGGAGCUGGUGAAAAGGAAGCGCAUCGAGGCUAUCCGUGGACAGAUCCUCAGCAAACUACAGCUGGCCAAAGAGCCAGAAGACGACGACGAAGGAGAGGAAGAUGAGGUGCCUGCAGAGGUCCUGUCUGUCUACAACAGUACUGUGGAUUUGAGUGAGGAGCUGAUGCAGAACACCAGGCAUGUGGAUUCUUUUGCUGCAGAGGAAGAGGCAUACUAUGCCAAGGAAGUUCAUAAGUUUAACAUGACUAGGAUUAUGAAUAAAAUGGUGAUGCUGUUUGACGUCAGUGCAAUGAAAGGAGUUUUGGGCUCAAACCGUAUUGUUUCCCAGGCUGAGCUCCGUCUUCUCAUCAGGGACCCUACAAUAGCUCCUGGCAAUCAGCAGAGGUUAGAGCUUUACGAAGGGGACGGGGAAAAGGCUCAGUACCUGAAUUCACAAUUUAUCACCAGUGAGUUCAACAGCAAAUGGAUAUCCUUUGACGUGACACAGACUGUGAAAAACUGGCUGCAAAAUCCUGAGAAGGAAAAAGCAUUAGAGGUGAAGUUACAUUGUGGGUGUGGGGAGAAAGAAAAAAAGAUGCCUUUCCACAUUUCAGGCAUAUACAGUGAGAGAGGAGACAAAGAAGCUCUACUAGCCAAAAUGACAAAGCCAUACAUUCUGGUAAUGUCACUUCCUGCAGACCGUGUCCAUGGGGUCAGCUCGCGGAGGAAACGGCAAGCUACAGGAGAUGCAGAUUGUUCUGAGCAGUCAGAUAUUUGCUGUGUGAGAAGACUUUAUAUAGACUUCCGUAAAGACCUAGGUUGGAAAUGGAUACACCAACCCUCUGGCUAUUAUGCAAACUACUGUAUCGGCUCCUGUUCGUUUGUCUGGAACACGGAAAAUAAGUACUCACAGGUGAUGGCGCUGUAUAAACAUCACAAUCCUGGAGCAUCAGCCCAACCCUGCUGUGUGCCGCAGGUCCUGGAACCUUUACCCAUCCUGUACUAUGUGGGGAGGCAACAUAAGGUAGAACAGCUGUCAAAUAUGAUCGUCAAGACUUGCAAAUGUAGCUGAAUGACGUGUGGUCUUCGGAGUCUCUUGCUGAGAGGAAAGAGGACUAAAAUGUAUUGAGAGGAAGAAGAAGGGUGUGAAUGGAGGGACAGUUCAUACAGUUAUUGUCUUUGGAUAUUUUGUGUUUUCAGUUUUUUCUUAGUGAAGGUUACACUUACAUUCCUCAUUCUUAUACCUAUUGAUGAUAAAAUGAAUAUUAAAAAAUAUUCUUUAUGGUCAAUAAAUAAUAUAAUAUUAUGAUGGGACUUUAAGGGAUAAAAUCCCUUCUAAAUUUCCCUGGUACAUUACAGACUUUCAUUGUUAAAUGUGGCAAACAGACGUGCCUUGUUGAACUUUACCAGUUGGUUGUGUUUUUUCAUGUGGCCUUAUAAAGUAUGUGUUGGGCUGUAAUGGAAUAUCGGUACGUAUUUAGGAUAAAACAAGGAAAUAUUUGUAUUCACUCCAUUAUAGUUUUUUGAAAAGGCAGUAUUCAGAAUACAGUUAUAUUAAUUAUUUUGUUUAAUAGAUAUGUAAUGCAUGUGCACAUUUUUUUAAUUUGCACAUGGUUAGUCAGAAUUUAGCAUACUUAAAUUUCUUAACCAGCCUUAUUUAUUAACCAUUAUAACAUUGACCAUUUGCAGGAAUGAUGGAGCUCAUACACACACUAAAUAUUAGCUAAUGAAAGGCUGAUAAAGGCAGUAAAUAAUAAUAUUGUCUGUUUGCCCCCAAAUGUGAAAAAGAAAACUUUUUAUUCUUUCCAACUGAGAUACUGGGGCAACACAGACAUUUUGACAGUUGGUGUCUGAUCACAAAGUGAAUUGGUUAGAUUUAUGUCCAUUUCACCAUGGCAUGUAGCUAGGCAACAACUUGACCAAAGUGUGGCAAUUACUGUGUGAGGAAAUCACCCUUAGCUAGCAAGUUUCUAGGCUGUAUUACACAGACUGCACAGACUCCUCACCCAGCAUAUUUUUUGCAGAAAGAAAGCCAAGACAAAAUAAUAAAAAAAAAACAUUGCCACUGUUUCUGGAAAUGUAUGAUUAAUUAUUUAAUUUCAUUAAAACAUGAUCUUGGCAGCUACAGAGCAUUUUUAAACCAGCCCAUAGUGUAAGAGUGGCAACUCUGCCAACCCUGUUAUUAUCUGCCCUAUCUGCUGCUUCGGUUAAAUGAAAAUAUUCAUAUAGCAAGCAUAGGGGCAGUGUGAUUCUUGGCACAUUGACCACUAUUAAUGCCUGUUACAAUUCCCAUUUUUGACCACAAUAAGACUAUGGAGCUAAGUGGGGGCAGUGAGCACCUUCCCCAUGAUUGUGCAACAUCUAGAAAGGCAACCAAAUUGAUAGUACACUUAUAUCUGUCAAAUUGAAACAUUAAAACAAUUGUUGGUAAUUAGUAAUUCAAUGUAAUUAAAAAUGCAUGGACUGUGAAUGAGGAAAAUGAACAUUUAUUGAAAAGUUGAUGUAUAUUGUGACUUUAUGGAUGAACUGCCAGUCUCUCUGAUAAUACAUAAUGCAAUUUCUAAUACUUCCACAUAUCUUGGUGUUCAUCAGGAUUGAAAAGCACUGUAAAUGCAUGCUUGAUUGUUGCUUUAUCAGCUCUGUAAUUAGCUAUAACUAUGGCAGUCUUACCAAACAAGUCCUCGGGGAACCCUAAACAGCCCACAUUUCUUUCUUUCCCAGCUUCUGGCACAGCUGUAUUCAGUGUUCAUAACUGUGUGGUGGACUAGGAAAGUCUUCACAUGGUCAAAUUUUGCCAUUUUGUAUUUUAUAUAGUUCUGAAAACAUCAGACUUUUCUGAACUGAAAUUGGUGUCUUAUUUGUCAGUAUAUCCAUUACAAGUAGCAUUUUAAAGGUGACUUGCAGACCGUUUGAUCACAAAGUGAAUUGAUCAGGCGUAUGCUUCACUACAGCACAUACAGUGUGCAGCUAUCCAACAACUUGAUCAAAGCCUGACAUUCAUUGUGUGAGAAAAUGCAAACUCAGCUAGCAAGGUUUUAGACAUCUUUAUACUGAGUAUCUUAGUUAAACUGGCUCCUCAUGGUCUCUGCAGACAGAUCCCAAGGCAAGGUUAGAACGUAGCCUAAAUAUAAUUCCAUGGUGUUUUUGUGAAAAUUUUUUUUUACAUUUUCUUCAUUUUUGCCUGUUUACCAAAAUUUGGGUUUUCCCAGACUGACACACAAUUGCUUAGUUUAGCUAGGGGUUGUGGGAUUUUAUUCUAACCAAGUAAGAACACACCUAAUUUCAGUUGUCUAUGCAAUUGGUCUUGUCAAACAGCUGAUGAGAUGCAUCCAGUGUGGAUCCUGCUGGGUUGUAAAUCUGCAGCCUCAUCAUUAGAUAAGAUUUAGUGCAUUGGGAGCUUGGAGAGGUGAAAUGUCAGCCAUUAGGAAUCUCUGAAGAUCAGUGUAGGGAAACACUUGAUAGCAUUUCUGGCUUUGCUUUAUAUGUAGGAAUUUUAGAUUUUAAGGAGUACAUGUUAAGCUUUAUGUCUGACUUAUCUUGAAAUUUUGUUCUAUUGUUUAUUGUUGAAACCUUCUGCUUGGGACAGUGCUCUCUGACAUUUUUUGUAAACAAAAAAACUAUAGCAUAUGAAAUGUGAAUAUUAGUAAAGCAUUAAGCAAACCCA